CUGUCGCUGGGGGCCUUCCCGGGCCUGGCCUGGUUUGUGUUUCAGCAGUCAGAAAAGUUUGCAAAGGUGGAAAGUCAAUACCAACUAUUGAAAAUAGAAACCCACGAGUUCCAAGGACUUCAGAGUAAGAUCAGUUUAAUUUCAGAAAAGCUUGAGUCUACGGAAAGCAUCCUACAGAAAGCUAAGUCAUCCAUGUCUUUGAUGACCCAGUUUGAGCAGGAAGUAUCCAGCCUCCAAAGCAUCGUGCAUGACAUUCAAAAUAGUGAAGAGAUGCUCACUCAAAAAAUGCAAAACCUUAAUGAGAAAUUCCAGAAUGUUACAGAUUUCUGGAAGAGAAGCCUAGAAGAAAUGAGUGUUAAUACAGAUGUUUUCAAAUCAGAAGCAAAACAUAUACAUUCUCAAGUUACUGUUCAAAUUAACUCAGUUGAGCAAGGAGUAAAACUGCUCACUGAACGGCUGAAAGAGUUGGAAGACAGCACACUAAGAAAUAUUAGAACAGUGAAAAAACAAGAAGAAGAAGACCUCCUACAAGUAGAAGAGCAGCUUGGCUCUGAUACAAAAGCAGUUGAAAAGUUAGAAGAGGAACAGCACGCUCUCUUUGCCAGAGAAGAAGAUCUGACUAGUAAACUUUCCAACUAUGAACCCAAAGUUCAAGAAUGCAAGACAUAUGUGCCAGCAGUCGAAAAUGCUAUUCACUCUGUUCUUAGAGUGUCUCAGGACCUGCUAGUAACAGAAAAGAAAAUAGAAGACUUGACUAUGCAGAUGUUUAAUAUGGAAGACGAUAUGCUGAAAACAGUGUCUGAAAUACUGGAGAUGCAGAAAACCCUUGAAGGAAUUCAGUAUGAUAACAGCCUAUUAAAGAUGCAGAAUGAACUGGAUGUCCUAAAAGGAAAAGUUCGCGAUUUUAUGACAUAUUCAAGCACAAAAGAAAAGGGAACCUCAGAAGAAUCUAAUCUGGAAAAUAAAGGAGUUGGUAGUGAUUUUUAAAUCCACUGCAUUUAUUCUGAUGCAUCAUUAUUAGACAUAAACUGGUUCGUUUCAUGGAUUUCAGCUACUUUGCUGUGCCUCACUUUCUCCUGCAUUACUGGGAAAUAAGUGAGAAUGCCACACAAAUGAAUUAUCCGUGUAAUCAAAGCUCACCUCUUUAAGCAAUAACAUUUAUUUCAUUUUAUCCAUUUUAAGUAGAAAUAACUCUAUAUAUUUCUGUACUUUUUAGGGGGGAGGGGGGUCUGAGUCUCACUCUAUCUCCCAAGCUGCAGGGCAGUGACACGCUCAGG